AUGGAUCCACCCAUGCACAGGAAGUGCAUACUUUUUGCGACGCCACCAUCUUUUGCAGAGUCUCCAUAUCACAACGACUGUAGUGGUAUAUUACAAAGGAGGCUCGUUCAAGCAAUUUCUAGUACUAAUAGUUCGUUUAAUAGUAGUGUGAACCCUAGUCCUACUAAUGCUGUAUCUACUUUUAAUGUUCAGUCUGCUAAUGCUUCCCAUACAGGAAGCUUUGUUGUAAACCCUAGCUCAAAGUUUUAUAUCUUAUCAGGGGCUGAAUGGGAUUUAACUAUAAAACCAAAACCAUCAAAGUUUCCAGAGAGCCAACAUAAGAACACUUUUGCUGAAGCUCAGAAAAAGGUUACAGCUUUUGGUCAGAGAUAUGCUUGCGGGGGGCUUCGGUCUUGUGAUAAUUUGAAGCUGGUUUUCUCUGCAGCUGUCAUCCGUCGGCAGCAGUUCUUGUUAAGGUGUUUGGGAGGGUCCGCUGAGAAAAAGAACUUUAAUUAUCAAAGUAUUAGAAUGCAAUCUGUAAUGAGUAGUGGCCCAAGCUUGGAGGCUGAUUCUGUCAGCAUUUUGAGAUCAAUAAUUCCAGGUCUUGAAUCAGCUAAGCAUAAAGGCCAAGCUGGGAAGAUAGCUGUUGUUGGUGGCUGCCGAGAAUACACUGGUGCACCAUACUUCUCUGCAAUUUCAGCCUUAAAGAUUGGUGCAGAUUUAUCCCAUGUAUUCUGUACCAAGGAUGCUGCUCCUGUUAUAAAAAGCUACAGUCCUGAGUUAAUUGUGCACCCUAUUCUAGAAGAGUCCUACAGUAUUAGGGACGAGGAGAAAAGUUCAAUAGCAGCUAAAGUGAUUGCUGAGGUUGAGAAGUGGAUGGAGAGGUUUGAUUGUCUUGUUGUUGGUCCAGGCCUUGGAAGGGAUCCGUUUCUCCUGGACUGUGUAAGUAAUAUCAUGAAGCAUGCGAGAGAGUGCAAUGUCCCAAUGGUUAUAGAUGGGGAUGGGCUUUUUCUUGUGACUAAUUGUCUUGAUCUGGUUAGUGGCUAUCCCUUAGCAGUCCUGACUCCAAAUGUAAAUGAGUAUAAACGGCUUGUUCAGAAAGUAUUAAACUCUGAGGUAAAUGACCAAAAUGGAACCGAUCAGUUGCUGUCUCUUGCAAAAGGGAUUGGCGGUGUUACAGUCCUGCGGAAAGGAAAAUCUGACUUUAUCAGUGAUGGUAAAACAGCUUGUGCAGUGAGUAUUUAUGGUUCUCCGCGGCGCUGUGGUGGGCAGGGUGACAUACUGUCAGGAAGUGUUGCAGUGUUCCUAUCCUGGGCCCGCGAAUGUGCGGCUAAAGGGGAGGUAAGCAUGAACCCAACCAUAUUAGGAUGUGUCGCCGGAUCUGCUUUACUGAGGAGAGCAGCAUCUUCGGCAUUUGAGAGUAAGAAAAGGUCUACGCUCACUGGUGAUAUCAUCGAGUGUUUGGGAAGAAGUGUACAGGAAAUAUGUCCAGUCUAAUUGGAACUUAUUGGGAGCACGACACUUCUACUCCAAACUUGAAGAAGCAGUUCUGUGGUAAAGGGCAAAGGGGAAACAAAGAAGGAAAAAUAAUGGAAAGUAGGGAAACUCGUCCCGUUUGUUGAUGCUAAUAAGACUGAGGUGUGUGAAUAUAGCUACUCCUUUUUGCAGUUGUAACGUCCGAUCCCUGUUUCCCUGAUCCUGUAGCUUUUAGUCUCAUGCCUAUGCUCAGUGGUAAACAUUUCGUGUUACUAAUCAUAAGCUUUAGUUUUUUGGGCAUGGGAUUUAAGUUUUACAUUGCAGUGUAAGUUCUUUUACAUUUCAGUAUAUUUUACUAGCUCUAACAGGUUAUCCAUCUUCGAUUCUAUGUUA